AUGCCUGAACCUUUGCUCACGUCGAUCGUGGCGGGAAGCACGGCGGCGGUGUUCCAGACCACCGUGUCGUAUCCGUUUGAGUUCCUCAAGACUGGGCUGCAACUGCACCGCGCGCUUCCUGGCGCACCGCCUUUCGAGAUGAUGCAUCAAGUAAAAACGUACUUUGCGGGCUGCGCGGCGCUCAACGUGGGGACUCUGCUGAAGACUGCGACCAGGUUCACCACGUUUGAUAGCGCCUGCCAGCUUCUGCGCGACCCAGAAAGCGGGUCGAGCAUGCUGAGUGGACCGCGUUUACUGGCUGCCGGAGUCAUCACCGGCUUCAUGGAAUCGCUAUUGGUCAUUCCCUUCGAAAACAUCAAGACCACAAUGGUGGAAAAUGCUCUGAGGAGCCAGAACCCGGGGUUGGAAAAAUCAACGAGUGAGGCUAGACCAAGGUUCCACGCGAGCAAACCAGCAAAGUUGCAUUCACGUCAAAAGUGGUUUUUACAUUACGAAUCACACCCUUCCUCCAACUUUUUCACCACUAUACAAGAGAUGUACCGGACUCGAGGCGUGCGUGGAUUUGGCCAAGCCGCCGUGUGCACUAUAAUUCGUCAGACCUCGAACUCUGCGGUGCGCUUCACCACCUACACAAGCUUAAAACAACUCAUUUCCCCAAACAAGCCUCUAAACGAAUACUAUGCAUUUGCACUGGGGCUUGUGUCUUCAUGCGCUGUAGUUGCGGUCACUCAGCCCAUUGAUGUUAUCAAGACUCGCAUGCAAUCAAAGUACUCGUAUUUCAAUUACAAAAACUCUUUGAAUUGUGCGUACAGAAUUUUUGUAGAGGAAGGCGUACCCAUGUUUUGGAAAGGAUGGGCACCAAGACUCAUGAAGGUAGGCCUUUCUGGCGGAGUCUCUUUUGGGGUGUUUCAAUACGUGGAGAAUCUCAUGAACUCGGUUGCAAAGCCGAAGAGCAUGGAUCAUGACUAA